AGCAAAGUAGCCAUCCAUGAACUCAAUACACAAGAUUAACCAAAUCAACCAAAAGGAAUUAGCCACAAACACGUCAUACAAGUCCUCAUGGCAUUAUGACUACCGUGAUACAAAUUAUAUAUAUAUAGGCAACAUCCCCUCCUCCCUCACCGCGCAAGACAUAGUCAUUAUAUUUAGUCAAUACGGCAUACCGACGCAUUUGAACCUUGUCAAGGAUAAAACCACCGGUGAGCAUCGAGGAUUUGCGUUUUUGAAAUAUGCACAUUUCAAAAGCUGCAUUUUGGCCAUUGAUAAUUUCAAUGGGAUAAAAGUUGGGGAUAGGAAUUUGCGGGUCGAUCAUAAUUAUUACAAGUUGAAAGGUGGCGAACUUGAACUGGACUAUUUAGUCGAUUAUAGUGAAAUACAAGGAGUUAAACAGCAGUUGGAGAACAAAGAUACAAAGUUGAUUGAGAACAAAGAGGCUGACGAACUUAAAGACCCUAUGGAGAAGUACAUAGACGACGAUCUUCGAGAUCCGAUCGAGAAUUAUAAAGAGGCAGGAAAUGACGAUGAUGAACUUAAAGAUCCAAUGGAAGCUUACUUGAAAAGGUCUGACAAGCAUGAUAAACACGGCAGACACCGAAACAGACAUAGAAGUGGUCACAAAGAUCGAGAAAGAAGUCCGAAACGAUAAUGUAUAUUCUAUAUAUCUUUCUUUAUAUUAUGAUCAAAGUAGUAAUUAAUAAACCUCUGCUUCGAAUCCAAAUUCAAUUCUUGGUUAAUCAAAGUCAAAGCAUUCAAUUCAAAUGAAUUCUUGAUUUGGUUCAAGUCAAAUUUAUCAAACUUGUAAAUCUUGAUCUUGAUCAGACAUUUACUCAAGUUUGUCAACAAUUGGAACAAGUAUUGGAACUUACCAAGAUAUGGAAUUGGCAAUGUAAAGUAGCUUGGACUAAGCUUCAACACUAGCGACUUGACAUUGAACCCGUCAAAAUUGUACUUGUUGUCCAAUUUAAUGAAAGGCAACAACGACUUGUUAUUUGAAGGUGUUCCUUCCAACAACAACACAACAAUUUUAUUCUUCAACUUGCUCAAAUCAUCAACUGGUUUACUCUCCUCAUAACUAAAACAAUGGUUGAAAACUUCCAAUGCAGAAUACUGAUACAAGGUUCCUUGUUUGUUUGGAAUUAAAAACACGGUAUUGGAACUGUUUGCCAAUACAGACACAAUAAAUCCGUCUAAUGGACUAAUAUAAUUAGUCACUAAAACAUCACCUGCUUUUGGUUUAUAUUGUUCCAACUUUUCGGUCUGUGACUUCUUGACCCCAUCUACGGUAAAGGUCGUGGUCAAUCCGAAUAGCAAUUGGAUGACAAACUUGGCAAAUCCGAUCCAUCUAGUUAAUGUAUAUAACAAAUAUGCAAGCACAAAGAACGGAAAUUUGACAAUAAAGAUUGGUGUUUUCAAAGUAUAUGAUCCAAGUCUCUUAACAGCCAGUGGUUCCUGUACAAGAGGAAACUUGGUUGGCAUGAAUGGUGAUAUACCAGUUGCCUUGUCUCUCCAUGCAGAAAACUUUUCCAUGGUACCUGUGUGUGUCCGUUUGCUUG